AUGUUGUUCAAAUCACUACAUGCUCUUGCAGCCACCCUACCAGCCACCUUUGCUUGUCCUCACGAGUCACAUUUGUACAAGAGACAAGCAACAAACCAGACCAUCGAGAGUCCUGAGUGGGCAUACGAAGCAUCCUACAAUUGGGGACAAAUCGACCCAAUGUAUCAACUCUGUCAGACUGGUACGCAACAAUCGCCUAUCGCACUGUCGCUCGGCAAUGGGCUCUCUCUGAACCAUAUCCCUACAUUCCAAAACUACUCCGGCAACACAACAGGAAUGUUUCGUAAUUGGGGCUAUGGGCCUGCAUUUUCGCUCGGUCGGGAUAACCUAACCUCUAACCCUUCUUUCACCUACGACAACGAAACUGUUUACCUUGUCGGUUGGCAUAUUCACGCGCCUGCUGAUCACUCAGUUGGUGGAGAUCGCAGCAAAGCAGAGAUGCACUUUGUACAUGCUGACGCUGAAGGCCACGAGAAAGCUGUCCUCGCCUUCCGUCUCGAUCCUGGUAACAGCGAUGCCUCUUUCUUCAGUCAACUACCGGCAAUGAUCGGCUUCAAUGAGACGGGCAUCGAGUACCAGCAAGAGAUCAGUAUGGAUCUCAACCUUGCAUUGUCGAGUGUGCUGCACUUCAACGAAUUCUGGACUUACCAGGGUAGUUUGACUAGCCCUCCUUGUCACGAAGGCAUCCGUUGGUUUGUCGCCAGGCAAAUCCUUUUCACUGGCGUCAGACAGAUGCAAGCGAUCUUGGGUACUAGCACGUACUCUGCACGAGCAGAGCAGGAAGUUUGGCAGCACAGAAUCAACGAGUGA